AUGGCAAAGGGAAAGAACAAAGAAAGAGACACCUCUUCGAAGGUAUCCAGCAGCCAGAAAAGGCCACAGAGACGAAAAUAUCAAGAAACCAAACAUUCUGCAGCAUACGGAGAUCACAAGUUUCCAACGAAACUUGCAAUGUGGGAUUUCGAACACUGUGAUCCAAAGAGAUGUAGUGGAAAAAAAUUAGAAAGAUUGGGAUUGAUCAGAAGUCUUCGCAUAGGACAGAAAUUUCAGGGUAUUGUGGUUACUCCGAACGCAACAGUGGUCGUAUGCCCAAAUGAUAAGCAUUUAGUUGAUGAGUUAGGUGUCGCAGUGGUUGAGUGCUCGUGGGCCAGACUUCAGGAAAUUCCUUUUGGGAAAAUAGGAGGCAGAAACGAAAGGCUUUUACCGUACUUGAUUGCUGCAAAUCCAGUUAACUACGGGCGCCCAAUGAGACUCAACUGUGCAGAAGCGAUAGCAGCUUGUUUUGCCAUCGUAGGAAGAAUUGACUGGGCUAAAGAGCUACUACAGCAUUUCUCAUAUGGGCCGGCAUUUUUAUCUAUCAACAAAGACUUAUUCGAAUUAUACCAAAAGGGUUCGGACUCAGAUUCUAUACUGGCAAUUGAAAAACAAUAUUUAGCUGCAAUGGAGAAAGAGAAGGAGAUUCGCAAAGCAUCCAAACCUGCAAUGGACAUAUGGUCGAUGGAAAAUCCAAAUCGAAAAGAGGAAGAGGAAGAGGCAGAGGAAGAGGAAGAGGCAGAGGCAGAGGCAGAGGCAGAGGAAGAGGAAGAGGAAGAGGAAGAGGAAGAGGAAGAGGAAGAGGAAGAGGAAGAGGAAGAAGAUCAUACGCUAAAUGAAACGAUCCGCGACCUACGUGUGUAUUAG